AUGUCGGCACCACCUAUUAAGCGAACCGUAACAGAACCAGCAUCUUUAAAAGAAAGUGAAGGCAUUAUAAAGGAUGGGCGCUCCAAAUUCUUAAAGCAACGACCACUCUUAUUCAAAGCGAGACACACACAGUUUGACUUGUCCAACCCAGAUAAUCAAAAUGAAUCCUUUAGAGGAUUCUAUACACUAUUUUGGAUAGCCAUGGGAUUUUACGUGAUACAGGCUGCUAUGAAAUGCUACGAGCAAGAAGGAAUAUUGAUUAGUUUGGGAUUUUACAGAUUAAUAUCCAAAGAUGGCCUGGCGCUUCUCAUAUCGGACCUGACGAUGGUUUCCAUGACAUUAUUUAGUGUACUCUUUUCAAAGUUAUUUUUAUGGAAUGUAUUACCUUAUGAUACCAUUGGAUUCAUCAUCCAACAUAUAGGACAAGCUUGUUUCUUAUUCUUUAAUAUUUACUGGACUUUCUGGAGAAAUUGGCCUUGGGUCCAAUCAGGCUUCUUUACCAUGCAUACGAUAGUGAUGAUGAUGAAAAUGCAUUCAUACACUACACUGAAUGGAGAUCUAUCUGUUAAACUAAAAAGACUGAAUCAACUAAAGGAAAUAGUGCCCAAUUGGGUCGCGGCUCGUAAAGGAAAAACUUACACUGAAGAAGAGACAAAGGAGUUAGAGGAGAUGGAAGUAGAAAUGUCAUUUUUAGAAGAAGAGUUGGUUCACGGAAGUACGCGCUUCCCGGAUAAUGUUACAAUCAUUAACUUUUUGGAUUACUUACUUGUUCCCAGUCUGGUCUAUUGGAUGGAAUACCCACGCACGGACAAGAUUCGUAUCUGGUACUUGUUUGAAAAAAUUGUGGCUACACUUGGAACCUUUUUGAUUCUUUAUGUUACAACCGAACGGUUCAUUAUUCCAAAGCUCUACGACCCAAAUAUUUCGGAACCUCGAGUGAUCAUUGAGCUACUCUUCCCCUUCCUGAUCAACUACCUUCUUAUAUUCUAUAUCAUCUUUGAAUGUAUUUUAAAUGCCUUUGCCGAAUUGAGCAGGUUUGCUGAUAGAAACUUUUAUGAUGAUUGGUGGAAUAGUAUGACUUAUGAUGAAUUUGCUCGUAAAUGGAAUAAGCCUGUUCAUCAAUGGUUGCUUCGACAUGUUUAUUCACACUCAAUUGAAUCCUAUAAACUAUCAAAGACGAAUGCCACCUUUGUAACCUUUUUGUUUUCAUCCUGCUUUCAUGAGCUUAUCCUGAUUAUUGUUACUCAAAAGAUUCGUUUGUACAUGCUGAUCAUUCAAAUGUUUCAAUUGCCGUUGAUUAUUAUUGGUCGAUUACCUAUAUUCAAAAAUCGUUUCUGGUUAGGUAACUCUUUCUUUUGGUUAAGUAUGAUGGUUGGUACUCCACUACUAGGCAUCCUGUACUGUCGUGAAGCAAUCUGGGCUACUUGGCAUCAUGGUUAA